AUGGCGGCGGAGGCGGUGGAGAGCCGGAGGGUCUUCGUCAACCACCUCGACUCGUACUGCGGCAGCAACAUCGGCGAGUAUUUAUCCAGAUGUGUUAUUGGGGCAUCACUUGAAAGCACAGAAGAAGAGGAGGUGGAGGAAGAUGAAAAUUAUUCACCUCCUGCUAGCGGGCCGAAGGAGGGUACCAACUACCAAAUAGUGGGUACCCUUUCUAAUCCAGAGAACAUUAAACCACCUUUUGCAGCGGAAACAUAUGCAGUCUCUUCUCAAGAUGAGCUCUUAAGUCACUUGCUUGAGUGUGAUGUUAUUUUAUAUAAUAUCACCGAGGAUGCAAGUCAAAUUGAGGAAGCAACAUGGGCUGCUUCUGCACUACAUACAGAAAUAGAGCAUUUUAGAGCACCUAAGUUAUUCAUCCUCAUUUCCACAAUAAUGAGUUGGGCGAGAAGCAACCUCCCUGACCCUGAAGAUCCUGAGGUUCCUUUUACUGAUGAAGACUAUCGCAGAAGAAAACCUCAUCCUAAUUUUGUGAAUCACAUAAAUGCUGAAAAACUUGUUCUCAAACUUGGGAAAACUAACCAACGUAAAUUUUCAACUUAUGUUGUUGCCUCGGGACAUCAGUAUGGAUCUGGUGAAGGAGUCCUGCACUACUUUUUCAAGUUAUGUUGGCUUAGUGAUACUCCUAAAAUACCUGUUUUUGGAGAUGGAAACAAUUUUAUUCCAACCAUUCAUGUCCUUGAUUUAGCAGCAGUGUUACAAAAUGUAGCAGAACACAGGCCAAAGUCAUACUAUAUACUGGCAAUAGAUGGAUCUAUGCACUCUCUUCAAGAAUUGAUAAAGUGUAUCAGUAAAAAUGUUGGACCAGGAAAAAUUGAGAAGAUUCCGGUAGAGGAUGCAUUCCUGAGCAAAGACUUAACUCAAAUGCAUUUGGAUAUGUUGCUUGUAAACCUGCGAAUGGAAUCUGCGUAUCUGAAAGAGUCGUUCAACAUUAAGUGGGUUUCUCAGGCAGGACUGGUGGAGAACAUUGAACAGAUCAUCAAGGAAUUCAAGCAAAGUCGAGGAUUACUGCCUCUGAAAGUUUACAUUCAUGGUCCUCCUGGUGUUGGCAAAACUAGUGUUGCUGAAGAGCUCUGCAAACAUUACAAGCUACAUCACAUUAAGAUAAGCAACCUGAUUUCUGAAACAAUAGAAAAUCUGGAGAAAGUUGUGGCUUCUAAGGAACAGGAAUCUGAUGAUGUGGGAGAAGAGGAAGAGAUUGAAGAAGAGGAGGAUGAAAAUAUAGAAGAUGUACAGGAGUUAUUAGCUGGAAUAAAAGAAAACAUGGAACAGAAUGCAGGUCAGCUAGAUGAUCAGUAUGUUCUUAAAUUUUUGAAGGAUAAGCUCAAAUCAAUGCCUUGUAGGAAUCAGGGAUAUGUUUUAGAUGGGUUCCCGGAAACCUAUGAGCAAGCACAAGAUCUUUUUAAUUUGGAAAGCGAAGAUGAAGAGGAAGCUAGAGGCAAAAUUCCCAAAUAUGAUAAACUAACGAUACCUGAAUUUGUUAUUUCUUUGACUGCAUCUGAUGAAUUCCUUAUAAACAGAAUAAUAAACCUGCCAGAGAAAAUUGUUGCUGGAACUCAUUAUACCCAGGACCGGUUCCUGCCAUCUCUCAGUCAGUUCAGAGAGAUAAACACGGAUGAUAAGACUGUUCUCAACUAUUUUGAUGAACUUGAAAUACAUCCUCUGCUUAUUGAUGUAGCCAAAUUUGAAGAUCCUGAGAACAGAUUAAUUAUAAAAGAAAUCUCCAAAGAACUUGGGGAGCCUCGGACUUACGGUUUGACAGAUGAAGAAAAGGAGAUUUUGGAACGCAAGGCAGCUGAGGAGCGCCUUGUCAAAGAAGCUCAAGAAAAAGCUGAACGAGAGCGUAAAGAAGCUGAAGAAAGGGCUGAAAGGAUGGCAGAUUGGGAGGAAUGGAGCAAAACUCGUGAAGAAGUGAAAAGACAAGAACAAGAGUUAUUGGAGGCCCAGUCCCUUCCACUACGAAACUAUUUAAUGGCGAAUGUCAUGCCAACACUUAUCCAAGGGAUAAAUGAAUGCUGUAGGAUCAGACCAGAUAAUCCAGUCAAUUUUCUGGCAGAGUAUCUCUUGAAGGUUUGUCCUGAUAUUGAAUGAGAUAAAUAUUGAAUCCUAACAGCUGUUGAUAUUG